AUGUCGUACAAGCAAGGGUGUAGGAAAUAUCAAGGCACCCGGAGGUGGGCGAACCACAAAGAACCUGCACAAGUUCGCCUCAGCCUUUUCCCAACUAAUCCGCACUCAGAGAUACUCUGUGAGAUGUUGCACCAACCAAAGCCAAGGCCCCCGGUCCACCCUCCUCAACAAGCCCAUCAUGGCUUCCAAGAAACUUUGGACCUCCUCGUCGACCAGUCAGUUGCCAUCUGCCGUCGCCUAACAGCCCAGAAGGAGGCUGCAGCAUCCCCAGAUUCCCCAGUUAGCACCCUCCUCCGCGAGCAAACAAAGGCUCUGCAAGAGUCUGUGUACUGUCUCCCGACGAGGCUCCUCCACGCCAACCUGACCCCGGGAGCUGACGUGCCGCCCGACAUCAAAGCGCAACUGCGUACAGUUCAGCAAGACGUCUUUAAGUUUCUCAGCUUAGAUGGGUUUUACGCUCGCAAUCCGGAGAAUGGUCGAGUCGGCGGCUUGAAUGCCCUGUUUGCGUCCAAGUUCAUCCUCGAGAAUCACGGAGCCACUGGCUUGACGUGCCCUUCCCUGGGACCCGAUGGUGCUCAGCAAAUUCUGACGCGGUUGCAAAAGAUUAUGGAGGCCAUAGGACCUGACUUAUCCCAAAGCACCUCCAACGAUCAAGUUAUCCAUGUCUUCGAGAAGCACCACGCCCGACUCGAUCCACGCUACGUCCAAACGUACCAGAGAAUGGAAGACACCCUCUACAACCAGAACGUGGCGUCCAGCAUGUCAAAAGGCAGCUUUGCCUUUGUUCGAAAGGUCCAGCACAAGCGCACCGGCGAGGACUUGGCCAUGAAGACCUUUUUCAACGGGAGCGACAUGUCCCAGAUCCUCCACGAGAUCGGGGUCCUCGAGGUGUGCAACCACCCAAACAUACUGAAGCUAGUCGAGGCCUUUACCGUGGUAACCGAUGACGAUGACGAGACGAUCAAUAUUGUAAUGAGCCCUUGGGCUCCGUUUACACUUCAGAAGUUUCUGAGUUCAUCCGAAGAAGAGAGGAGGAAAAAGUGUCCCUGGUUCCAGCCAGGUUCGCCCCGAUCCGAGCUAUGCAUCUACGGCAUUAUGCGCCAACUCGCAGAUGCCGUUGCCUACCUGCACCGUAAGUCCAUCAAGCACAAGGAUAUUAAGCCCGAGAAUAUCCUCCUCCAUGAGCCAGGGUCUAUCCCACCCCGUGCCAUUGUCGCCGAUGUUGGUGUCAGCAAGGUCUUGGUCCACGGAGGAUCUACCAAGUAUGACGACUGCUCGUAUCCUUACCUGGCCCCAGAGCAGGUCAAAAAGAGAGAGAGCAGCCUGCGUGCAGAUGUGUGGCAGCUGGGAUGCUGCUUCGCGAUGCUUCUAGCCGUGUCCAAGGCUGGGACGUUGGGGCACAAAAAGCUCUGGGACAGCUUCUGUCUGACAAAAGACAACCGAUCAUGCCAGAUUGCGAGUGAGCUUGAUCAUUUCAUGAGAACAUUGAGAGACAUCUGCCUCCCAGGGUCUCGAGCAGAUCGGGCAGCGUACUCGCUCGUGGCCAGCAUGUUGGACCCAGCUCACGAGUCCCGAAUUGGCAUUGAGGGAGUCCUUAUCUCAGUCGGGGUCCUGAUCAGACUGGAACGCAGGAAUGAAGCCGAUGACAGAGUUAUGACUAAUUGA